CGGUGACAGCCGGCGCGCUUGAGCACUCUGCGGGCGCGCGCGCGCGUGCCCGCGAGGGAGGUGGUAGCAGCGGCGGCGGAGGCCGGGUGAUGUGCCCGAGCCCUCGCCUCACGGUCCGGACCCGGCAGAUCCCUCACGGGAGUUCUUGUACAGGCUGGCGGAGCAUGGUGGCAAUAGCAGGGCUGGUGGCAGCUGGGAAGUGAGGCGGAGCCAUCGGCCCAGGAGCAGGCCCCCCCCGGACAUGGAGUAUGAAAGACGAGGUGGCCGUGGAGACAGGACUGGCCGCUAUGGCGCCACUGACCGCGGUCUCCAGGACGAUGGGCUGGACAGCCGGAGUCAAAGAGACCAUGAUUACCGGGACAUGGAUUACCGGUCCUAUCCCCGGGACUUUGGCAGCCAGGAGCCCCGCCAUGAUUAUGAUGACUCAUCUGAAGAGCAGAGCGCAGAGGAUUCCUACGAGGCUUCCUCGGGUUCUGAGACUCAGCAGCGUAAGCGGGACAGUCCUACUGAGCCCCUGGGCUUCCCUGGAGAUGGGGACUACCGAGACCAGGACUAUCGGACCGAGCAAGGGGAGGAAGAGGAGGAGGAGAAGGCCAGUCACAUCAUCAUGCUGAGGAUGCUGCCCCAGGCAGCUGCAGAAAACGACAUCCGAGCACAACUGCAGUCCCACGGGAUCCAGGCUCGGGAGGUGCGUCUAAUGCGGAACAAGUCAUCAGGUCAGAGCCGGGGCUUCGCCUUCGUCGAGUUUAGUCACUUGCAGGACGCUGCACGAUGGAUGGAAGCCAAUCAGCACUCCCUCAGCAUCCUGGGCCAGAAGGUCUCCAUGCACUACAGCGACCCCAAACCCAAAAUUAAUGAGGAUUGGCUUUGCAAUAAGUGUGGAGUCCAGAACUUCAAACGGCGAGAGAAAUGCUUCAAGUGUGGUGUGCCCAAGUCAGAAGCAGAGCAGAAGAUGCCACUGGGCUCACGGCUGGACCAGCAGCUGAUGCCUCUGGGUGGCCGGGAGCUGAGCCAGGGCCUGCUUCCCCUCCCUCAGCCUUACCCAGCUCAGGGGCUCCUGCCCCCCCAGGCCCUAUCCCAAGGCUCUGAGCCCACUUCAGAGAACGCCAAUGACACCAUCAUCCUGCGCAACCUGAACCCCCACAGCACCAUGGACUCCAUCCUGGGAGCCCUGGCUCCCUAUGCCGUCUUGUCUUCAUCCAACGUCCGCGUCAUCAAGGACAAACAGACCCAGCUAAACCGAGGCUUUGCCUUCAUUCAGCUCUCCACCAUCGUGGAGGCCGCUCAGUUGCUGCAGAUCCUUCAGGCUCUCCACCCUCCCCUCACCAUCGAUGGCAAGACCAUUAAUGUGGAGUUUGCCAAGGGUUCCAAGAGGGACAUGGCCUCUAAUGAUGGCAACCGCAUCAAUGCUGCUUCUGUGGCCAGUACGGCAAUCGCCGCCGCCCAGUGGGCCAUCUCACAGGCAUCCCAGCCUGGGGAGGGGAGCUGGGCGGCACCUGAGGAGCCAGCACCAGACUACAACUACUACCAGCAAGACGAGGCCUACUGCGGCCCAAGCAAUGAGGCCGCGCUCUAUGGCCACGGUGGCUACCUGAAGGGUGCCCCCAAGGCCUUGGGUGUGCCGAACACCAAGGGAGACCCCGCCGCAGCAGGCACCGAGCCUACCCUGGACCCCUGCGUACCUGGUGUUGAUGCCGUGCCUCUGAUCCAGGCCUUUCCCCGGGCCCAAACCAAUGCCAUGCCUGGCAUGUAUCAGCAGCCGGGGGCCGAGGGGCCCAGUGCCCCAGGAAUGGUGCCCAACGCCCAGGCCCAGCCCUAUACCAUCGUGUCCCCUGCUGUUUUGAAAGCUGAGCUGCUCAGCCCAGCCCAGCCCAGUUCAGCCCCACCACCCACUACCAGUCCGGCCGCCCAGGACUCCUACGGCCAGUACCCCAUCCCCGACGUCUCCACCUACCAAUACGACGAGACAUCGGGCUACUACUACGACCCUCAGACGGGACUCUACUACGAUCCCAACUCUCAGUAUUACUACAACUCCCAGAGCCAGCAGUACCUUUACUGGGAUGGAGAGCGGCGCACCUACGUCCCCGCCCUGGAGCAGGUGACUGAUGGGCACAAGGAGACGGGGCCGAGCCUGAAGGAAGGCAAAGAGAAGAAGGAAAAGCACAAGACCAAGACGGCCCAGCAGAUAGCCAAGGACAUGGAGCGCUGGGCCCGGAGCCUCAACAAACAGAAGGAGAACUUCAAAAACAGCUUCCAACCAAUCAGCUCCCUGCGGGAGGACGAGCGCCGGGAGUCGGCCACAGCUGACGCUGGCUAUGCCAUUCUGGAAAAGAAGGGGACGCUGGCUGAGAGACAGCACACCACCAUGGACCUGCCGAAGCUGACGAGUGACGAGCGCCUGAGUCCACCCCGGGGACUGGUGGCUGCCUACAGCGGUGAGAGUGACAGUGAGGAGGAGCCUGAGCGGAGCGCGGAGAGGGAGGAGAGGCUGACCGACUGGCAGAAGCUGGCUUGCCUUCUCUGCCGACGCCAGUUCCCUAGCAAGGAGGCCCUGAUUCGCCACCAGCAGCUUUCUGGGUUGCACAAACAAAACCUAGAGAUCCACCGGCGGGCUCACUUGUCUGAGAAUGAGCUGGAAGCCCUGGAGAAGAGCGACAUGGAGAUGAAGUACAGGGACCGGGCAGCAGAGCGUCGGGAGAAGUACGGCAUCCCGGAGCCCCCGGAGCCCAAAAAGAGGAAAUCUGGGGCCGUGACAGCCGCCACCGUGGACUUCGAACAGCCCACCCGAGAUGGGCUGGGCAGCGACAACAUCGGCAGCCGCAUGCUGCAGGCCAUGGGCUGGAAGGAGGGCAGCGGGCUGGGCCGCAAGAAGCAAGGCAUCAUCACUCCCAUCGAGAAUGUCGUCAUCCCUUCCGGCACCGGACGCACCGAUCGCCCCCACUGACCCGACAAGGAUUCUGCACCCCGUGGCUGGGAGGAGGGGACAGGGUAAGACGAGAGGGAAGAGCCAAGGCCGAAAAGGCCUGAACGAACUGGGGGCAGGUCCGAUCAGUCCACGAGCAUUUAUUAAGCAGUUACUGUGCGCGAGGUACCGUGUUUGCCAAAGCACUGAAAACGCAAAGAAAAAUCCGACAGAAAUUCAUUGGGGACCUGGUUCUGCUAGAACUGACGAGAAGCCCACAGGGCCAGAGGCACUCCUCAAUGGCUAAAGCCCAUCCACUGAUGGCGCAGUCACGCCACGAUUGACGUCAGCUUGAUCUCAAGCACCUGUUCCCAAAUUGUAGAAAAGGCCUUUUGGGAGCAUUAAACCCAGACCGUCCUCUGGAACCUCCAAGGCACGGGACGAGCUGCUUUCUCUAGCACUUUUGAGGGUUCCAGAGCACUGAAGAGAGAUUGUCUCACUGAGUUCUAGCAGCAGCCCCAGGAGGGCCGCAUUGAGGUCCUCCAUUGUGAUGUUUCAAAAUGGCCGAUCUCAGUUGUCACCUAGGCCGACCUGCGGUGGCGAACCUCUCGGUAUCUCGUUCGGCAAACCCUGUCCUUGGCUCUCCUCGAGACCUCCGAUUGCUCCCUGCCUCGAUAUUUAACCAGGCCAUCACCUCGCAUCCCAGCAUCCCUGGCUGCAUUCCCUUCCUCAUCUCGACCCCUCGGUCAGCCGCUUUAACUCAACGCUGUCCUCUCGAAUCCCUUGCCACCUUAUUCUAGCUCUGAGCUUGCCCUGCCAGGCCUCAGCCUUAGACGAUCGCCCUCGUGUGUUGCCUUUGUCCACGCUCACCAUUGAAACAAACCAUACUGCACUACAAGUUUAUAAUGGUGUCGAUCUCAAUCGGGAUCCCACUGUGGCAAGGCUGUCCUUUUCUAUCUCGAUUCGCUAUCUACACCGCAGCAGCACUUGUGAACCAUUUUAUUCCCUAUCAGCUGAGAGUCCGGCCAUUCAGUGAGAGUUCCCUUUUCUCCCUUCCUUAUCUCAAGUCGUUCACAUUCUUUCCCCAACUAAUCCCAACUCAUGUGAAGAGCUGACCCUGCCAGGCCAGGCUCUCAACAUGGAGAAGGGAUCCCGUUCUUCCUGGCUUUCCCAGCAGAUUUCCCCGCCCCCAUCAUCCCUGCUCUCACUAAUCUGCAGUCUGCCACUCUACUGGCUGCUUUCCUCCUGCCUCCUCUGCUGGAUCUUCAUCCAGGUUGCAUCUUCCUGAGGCUCUGUCUUAGGCACGCUUCUCCUUCUAUUCUGUUUCCUUGAAUGAUCUCUUUAGUUUUAAACUUUUUCAAUAAUUUCUGAUGAUGGGCCAUCAGGCCUGUCAAUGGCCACUCAUUUCCAGCAUGUCACAAAUUGGAUUAAGUCGGGUCCAAUUGCUGACACUGCUAAUGAAAGGCUGGGCCCCGCCUCUUGAGUGGGCUCCCUUACUGCUACUAUCCCAGGGGCUGAUCAUCUUAGCCCUGAGCCUCAAUGACUUCCCACGUGGGAGGUCACCUCUUCCCUUGAGACUGAUCCCUGACUGCCGAAGAUUCCCAGAUUGAGCCAGUCCUAACCCUCUUGACCUCCACUCUCACAUCUCCAGCUGGACAUCCUGUAGAGCAGCAUUGUCAAAGACAGAUAGAAACUGAUCCCUACGAGCCACCCGUUGACUUAGAAAACCACAAAAUACCAGAACAUAUUUUUAUUUAUUUUGUUAAACAUUUCCCAGUUCCAUUCUAAUCUGCUCUGGGCUGCACUUGGAAGUUUGGUGGCACAGAGCCAAGCUUGUUAUCGCUGCUGAAGGCAGCUGAAACUCAGCAUGUUCAAAACUGAACUUACUCGCUUGCCUCCCUUCCAGACUUCUCUGUCACCAUCAACAUCAUCACCGUGCUCAUCACUCAGACUUAAAACCCGGGUCACCUGCAGCUCUUCCCUCUUCCCCGCCAAUGGCCAAUUAGUGAUAAAGUACUGUCGUUUCCCUCUUGGCAGCAUCCCUUCUCUCCUCUGAUGCUAUAGACUGUUGGAAUAGCUUGCUUCUUCCUGCCUCAACUUGUCACUCAUUCCAUCUUCCGCUCAUCUGUCAAAUCCUUCCCAGAGUACAAGUCAGAACUUUUCAUCUGAUUAGUCGCCACCAAGGACUCUCUUCUUACCUCCAGGGUCAAUUAGCGAUUCCUCUGUGUAACUUAUAAAGUCUUCUGUAGCCUGGCCCCUUUCUGCUCUGUAGACUUAGGUGGAACCAACAGACUCCCGAUAGACACUGACUAUAGGCAUGAGAACAUCAUAACCCUUGAAAAUGCCCAGUAGUAACACCAGAAGAGGAUCCUCCCUUUCCAGUCUCCUCACACCUGACUCCCCCAUCCCCACCACAUAUUCUCUGUCUGAAGUUGUCGGGCUUUUGUUUUUCUGGCUCCCUCCUCACCUCCACCUGGCUUUCCUGGCUUCCCUUAAGUCCCAGCCAAAGUUCCAUCUUCUAUAGGAGGCCUUGCCUGAUCCCUCUUCAUUCCAGUGCCUUCCUUCUGCUGAGCAGCUCCAAUGUAACACGUAGAGAUGUUGUGUGGAUCUAGAGUUUGCAUGUCAUUAGCCACAUUUGACCGAGCUCCUUGGAAGCAGGGUCUGGUUUGGCCUUUCUUUGUAUCUCCAUCCCUUAGGACAGUCCCUGGCACCGAGUAGGUACUUAAUAAAUACUUUGUGACUUUCUUAAGCACCUAGAGGGCCUACACGAUACACUUGAGGCUAAGUCUAUACACAUUCACUGCCCGAGUCUCAGUGUAGGACUGAGACGCCCAGCUGUCAUCCCUUGCUCCCGGUCCUUUUUCUGACCAUAUGUGGUGAGAUCUCAGUCUCAAAUGUCGGCCUCAAAGGGGACUUGGAAAUUAUAACGCAUUAGCUUUUUGUUGGCCACCGUUAUUGCUGUUAACUGAUCUCGAGUGCGCAUUCCACUGAGAGUCUACUCCUGCCGCCUCUUGUACUCGAUGAAGAUUUGACACUCAAAUGUACCAUUUUUUUGUCCCUAUUAAAUUUCAUUUUCUUA